AUUGUCGGAAGCUCGACCGGAGUCACAACUGAACAUCAUCAGUAAAGGAUGGAGCCGCCAACAUCCUCGUCAACGACGGAACAAGGUGUCGGGACAAAUAAUGAACCCAAGUACAAGGGGGUAAGAAAGCGAAAAUGGGGGAAAUGGGUAUCGGAAAUCCGACUCCCCAACAGCCGGGAGAGGAUAUGGUUAGGCUCAUAUGAUUCGGCGGAGAAAGCGGCGCGUGCUUUCGACGCGGCUAAUUUUUGCUUACGUGGCCGCAACGCCAAGUUCAACUUCCCACAGAAUCCACCGGAGAUUGCUGGGGGGCGAUCCAUGAGUGCGCAGGAGAUCCAAGAGGCUGCGGCGAGAUGCGCAAAUGAGGAAGUGCCGAGGAGGAGCUCAAAUCUAUCGAAUUCGCACAAUGCAGCGGCGCCAGAACAGAACUCGUCGUCGACUCCAUCGUCAGUAGUGUCUGAUGGGGCAGUAGCACAAGUGGACACUGAAGUGAUGGAUUGGUCCUUUUUGAACAUGUUGGAUUGCAAUGAAGGUGUGUCUAGUUAUGGCCUCUACGACGGCCUUCUUGGCUACAUGCCAGGCGAACUUUAUGCGCCACCAUCUCAUCAGCCACUAUUCGACGAUAAUUUAGAUGAUCAAACUGGGGAAGAGACAGCAUUUUCAUCACACUCAUCAUUUCUUUGGAACUUCUGAGAAAUUUGUUAAGAGGAUAUUUUCACUCGGGAUGAUAAAUUAGAUGAUAUAUCAGGAGUUCAGCGAAUUUUAAUGGCUGGGCAACUGAUUUUUUUGUUUUACCCCGAUUCACUGAUGAUGAAAUAAUUAUGGAAGACUCAUAAAAAUAAUUCGGAAAGAGAUUUACAUAAAAUAUUAUUUAAUUAAGUUACAAUAUUUAAAAACGUUAUAAUUUAAUCCAGCACUUUGAGGUUUAUUGGUUCUUUUUUGCAGGAUGUGUUCAGAAUUAUCGAGACUUUAGUUCUAAUUUCAAGUCUUCUUUUUCCUUUUCUUGAAAAAAUUUAUCAUUGUUCAAAAAAAAAUUAUAAUUUAAUUAAUUAAAAAACCCAACACUUUCCAUUCUUUCAAAUCAAACAUAUUUUUAGAGAAGGAAUAUUGGGGUGUAGGCAGGGGUUUUGCGUUUGUGCCAUCUUUUGUGUAUGGAUAUAUGUUGGGCAAAGUUACUCUAUUUUUCUUGUUUGGGGAUGAUUAUGAUAUGGUUAUAGGCCAGGUCCAGCAAUUGAUGGUGAAAUAUAACGGUGGUUUUUAGUUUUGUACCCUUUUAGAUGAUAUAUGCAAAAGAACAUCAAGACUGUGGACAGGAGAAACAUGUGCAUGAAUCUUUUUUUCAUGUAGAGAUUCAUGUACCUAUAUGCUAUAGCUAUGAGAAAAGAUAGUUCUCUACAAUUCUCUCAGCUCCACUUUCGGUUGGGUGUUCACAAUUUUCUCCAUUUUUACGCUAAGAUCCCUGUUGUGG